UAAGGCCUUCCCCUUAGCCCUCACUGCAAACUUCUGGACCCAGGAGUCCUCAUUCCCCAUCUACCUUAGUCUAAUUUCUGAGGGUCCUGGUAUUGGACAUUAUCUGUCCUGAGUCCAUGAUCUGCACUGUUGCUCACCCACCCGGUCAUGUGCUCGAGAGGCCAAACAGCCUUGAAGGGUAGGGCCUUGGAAAUAUUUGAUGAUGUCAUCUCCUGCCAUCAGGAACUCUUGCUGGCUGCUGGGAAAGAAAUCUUGCCUGUGGUCCUGGCUGCACCAGCCUUUUCCACUUGGGUCUAAACUGAUCCUGAUUUCUGUUGUCUUAUCCUCACAGAAAGUUGAGGAAGCGAGCGGCCAAAGCCUCGGCCCGACGCCACAAGCCCCUUGGAAGGUAAUGGGGCAAGAGCCCUGGGACCUCCUGUUCGCCUCUGAGGCCCCAGGAGGUGGAUGGAUGGAUGGCAGCCUGUCCAUGUCCAUCCUGAAACCCAAACUGAUGAAUUAGGAAUGUCACUGGAAAAUGACCAUUCCCCCUAGGGGGGAGGGCAGGAGGCAGGUAUGGACAUUGGUGAGUUUUGAUCGUAGGGAACACAAGGAGGAAUGGAGGUUGCCUCAGGAGAAGCCUCCUAUCUUUAUGCCUCCCCCAAAUAGCUUGGAUUUCAGCCUUAGCCGCCUGCAUUCCUCUCCCCAACUCCUCUCCUCCCUUAGUUCACCCACAUUCCCAUUCUCUUUCUUCCCUUGACCUUUCCAACACCUCCUCCCCUCCCCCACCUGGAUUUCCAUAACUCGAUUUGCUGUCACUAUGACUGAAUGAAUGCAAGAGCAAUAUGAGUUGCUGAAGUACAUACACACCCCCAUGUUGCUCAGCAGUCAGCCUGCGCUGGAAAUCCAGCUGCCCUUCACUCUCCUCUGCAUACUGCAUGAAGAAAGAGGCCUUUCCAGAAACAGAAAAUAACCCUCUACCUUUCCUGGACCACAUCCCUGACCACUACCUCCACCAACAUCUUUCUCCUUCUUGCAGAUCAAUCACCAAGCAUAAAGUCAAACCCAAACCCCGAGUGGGCAGGGGGCCAAUCAAGAGGUAAAGUUGGGCGAGGUGGAUAGGAGAUGGAGCAGAGUGGGGGGGAAUAGAGAUAUGUUCAGGGAGGGGUCCAGGAGAGUUCUCUUUGGCCAAAAGAGCUGACCAAAAGGUGGGCGAGCAGCAGCUAUGACAACCACCUUCUGGUUUCAGUCUCAGGGGAAUUGUGCUUGUCAUAGGAUUUUUGGUCCUUGUUCUACAUGGUUAUCUUCCCACAAGGAGUUCUAGAAGAUAAUCUGGGACUUUUGUCCUUCAGGUACUGUACUUAUCCCUCCCCAAGAGGCGAAGUUUGCCUAAGAGAUCAGUGUUCCCAUCUUACCUUUAUUUGAGUCGGUUUUGUAUUGUUUUGUAUAAUAGAUGUUACCAGUUUACCUGCAGUAGAGUGACAUUCCCUUCAGAACCUUUCCAGGGGAGGAAUGAGAUUCACACUCCCUGCCUCUCUGGCUCAGGUUAUAGUUAGGCUCCCACUUCCAUAAUCUUCCUCCUGGACUCCUUCAGAACUCAGAGGAGAACCUUCCAACACUUCCAUUCUAACUUGUCUCCAAAGGUAAUUUGCACAUGAGAAGUCUCCCUGAGAACUUGGUCAGCAGUGACUGAGGCUCAGAGAAUUCAUCUUUUUCUAUUGUCCUCUUCUCUCUUCAGGCAGUUCCAGGGUCACCCAGUGGUCCCUGGUAUCCCUUACUCCCCAAGCUUCUCCCUCUGGUGGCUGCAGAGGAGCUCAGAAUUUGGGGUGGUUCUCGCAGUGCCUUUCUAGCUUAGGGUCAUCUUUGCCCAACAGUAGCCUUAGUCUGGGCUUCCCUAAACCCCACCUUAAAGAACACACUGCCAUUUUUAUUUUGUGGGGAGGGAGGGAGUUCAGAGGAUAGAAGUUUUUCCUGUGAUAGCCUCUCUGACUUUUAUUUUCAGCCAAACAGGACUUUGGGAGAGUACCUGGUCUCUUUGAUCUUCAGGAUCCAUUUAUCCUGAGCUUCCAAAGGUAUUCCAUAAAGUCUCCAGGCUUCCUUUGCCUGUUUUGUUUACAAACUUUUUCUCCUCCUUGUAUCUUCCUAGCCAAUGACUUCAAGUCAUCGUAUUUCUUCCUUCCUAUGACGUCGAGUGAUAGAGCAUGUCACUACAAUAAUUCGCCAUCAAAUGAGCCUCACAGGCCCCAUUCUGCAACACCAGGCCUCAUCUGCUUCCCCUUCUCUCUGAGCUCCACCCAGCUUUUCUAAGAAGACGAUCUUUUCCAGCUGGUCCAGCUGGGCAGUCCUGGUUUCCAAGCCUUCGCUUCGGGCUUCUUGAGGGCCAGAGGCCUGAAAGCACUGGAAACAAGGUUUCUAUCAGGCAAGUUAGGACUGGCCAUCCUUCUCCUAGAAUUCUUCUGCUACAGAAGUUCCCUCCAAGGACUCUCAUGUCUGGAUAGUGGAAGCUCUUUCAGCAUACACAUUUGCCAAUCCCUUUGUCUCUUCCAAGGGAAACACAGGAGGGGGAAAAAGAAGGGAUAAGAAGUCAUGAGAGUUUGCGGGGAAGAUGUUAGAGGAAUGAAGUGUCUGAGGGUUGUGGGCAAGGAGGUAGGAGCACUAUUUUACCUUACCACACCUCACUCCUGUCCCCCCAGGCUGCUGGCCCAACGGCAGCAACACUCCUUUGGUCUGCAUGGGGUAGCAUGUGUGGGCACGGAAGCCCACCUCUCCCUCUGUUCUCUGGAGUUCUAUCGUGCCAAUGACACCACCAGGUGCCCUGGGGGGGCCCCUGCGGUGGUGAGCUGUGUGCCUGGCCCUCUCUACACGGUGUCCAGUGGCCAGAAGAAGCAACAACAGUCGAAGCCUCAGGGGGAGGCCUAUGUGCGUCUAAAGGGUGGAGCCCACCCUGGAGAGGGCCGGGUAGAAGUCUUGAAGGCUGGCACAUGGGGUACAGUCUGUGACCGAAAGUGGGACCUGCAGGCAGCCAGUGUGGUGUGUCGGGAACUGGGCUUUGGCACAGCUCGAGAAGCUCUGACUGGUGCCCGCAUGGGACAAGGUAUGGGUGCCAUCCACUUGAGUGAAGUUCGAUGUUCUGGUCAGGAGCCCUCCCUCUGGAAGUGCCCCUACAAGAAUAUCACAGCAGAAGACUGUUCCCAUGGCCAGGAUGCUGGGGUCCGAUGCAACCUUCCCUAUACUGGGGUAGAGACCAAGAUCCGACUCAGUGGAGGCCGAAGCCGACAUGAGGGGCGAGUCGAGGUGCAAAUAGGGGGACCUGGGCAUCUUCGCUGGGGCCUCAUCUGUGGGGAUGACUGGGGGACACUAGAAGCCAUGGUGGCCUGUAGGCAACUUGGUCUGGGCUACGCCAACCACGGCCUGCAGGAGACCUGGUACUGGGACUCAGGGAAUAUAACUGAGGUGGUGAUGAGUGGAGUGCGCUGCACAGGGAUUGAGCUGUCCCUAGACCAAUGUGCUCAUCACAGCACCCCCAUCACCUGCAAGAGGACAGGGACCCACUUCACUGCUGGAGUCAUCUGUUCUGAGACUGCCUCAGACCUGCUGCUACAUUCUGCACUGGUGCAGGAGACAGCCUACAUUGAGGACCGGCCCUUGCACAUGUUGUACUGUGCUGCAGAAGAGAACUGCCUGGCCAGCUCUGCCCGUUUGGCCAACUGGCCUUACGGCCACCGGCGCUUGCUCCGGUUCUCCUCUCAGAUCCACAACCUGGGACGAGCUGACUUCAGGCCCAAGGCUGGGCGCCACUCCUGGGUGUGGCAUGAAUGUCAUGGGCAUUACCACAGUAUGGACAUCUUCACUCACUAUGAUAUCCUAACCCCCAACGGCACCAAGGUGGCUGAGGGCCACAAAGCUAGUUUCUGUCUAGAAGACACCGAGUGUCAGGAGGAUGUCUCCAAGAGGUAUGAGUGUGCCAACUUUGGAGAACAGGGCAUCACUGUGGGUUGCUGGGAUCUCUACAGGCAUGACAUUGACUGUCAGUGGAUUGACAUCACAGAUGUGAAGCCAGGAAACUACAUUCUCCAGGUAGUCAUCAACCCAAAUUUUGAAGUAGCAGAAAGUGACUUCACCAACAAUGCAAUGAAAUGUAACUGCAAAUACGAUGGACACCGCAUCUGGGUGCACAACUGCCACAUUGGCGAUGCCUUCAGUGAAGAGGCCAACAAGAGAUUCGAACGCUAUCCUGGCCAGACCAGCAACCAGAUCGUCUAAGUGCCACCACCCUUCUCUGAAAACCACCACUGGCCCCCCCCAGUGGCAGGGGUCUGAGGCUGCCAUUACCUCAGGAGCUUACCACAAACCCCUGAUGUCAGCAAGCAAUCUGCACUCAUCAUCUGUGCAAUAUGGAUGUGGAAGUGUCAGGCAGAAGGUCUUGCCCUCCUCCUAGGCCAGCUGUCAGUAUCUGUGGCCAAGCAUGAGGAAUCUGCUCCCAGGCCCAGCACCAAGCAGAGCACAUGACAAAAAAACAGCAUCUGACUCACUGCUCAGAGUGACAGAUGGCAGCAGCUCAUUUUCUUGAAUAGGGAGAUCAGAUGGUCAGCUCCCAUAGCUCCCCUAAGUUCAGGGGAUACAGCUUUACCUCUAGCCUUUUGGUGGGGGAAAAGAUCCAGCUCCCACCCUCCAUUUUUGACAAUAACAUGUUGCUAGGUAUUAUUUUAUUUUAUAUAAAAAGUGUUCUUGUGA